AUGGGUCAGCAGGACCUGUGGAAUGCCCGGCUUGGGUUUCCGGCUAUUGUGCUCGGCCAGCACACUGGAGACUGUAUUGGAGAUGAGCUGCCUGUGGGAUGGGAGGAGGCCUACGACCCCCACGUUGGAGCCUAUUAUGUCGACCACAAUACCAUAAAUUCCAGGUCCUCAUCAAGCAGUAAAUAUGACCCUGAGAUCCUCAAAGCGGAGAUUGUUACAGCAAAAAGCCGGGUAAAUAAGCUGAAGAGAGAUUUGGCCUGUAUGAGGCAAGAACUCCUUUAUAAGGAGCAAGGCUUUGAGACGUUGAAAGAAAUCGAUUACAAAGUGUCCAGUGCCUCGCAUGGCUACAAACUACAUGAAGCCCAGGCCAUCCUGAAGGAGGUGAAGAACAUUAAAGAUGCCAUCAGCUCUGGGGAGAAGGAAAAACAGGAGCUCAUGCAGAAACUGGCUGUGCUGAAGGAUGGUUUCCAGUUAGAUUAUGGCUCUCAGUCUGACUUGUGGGCCAGCAAUCUGUCCUUGGCCAACUCAAACCUCUCUCUCCCCCGCCACUACUCAGACGCCGAGUCUCAAACAGAUGUACCUGCCGAGUUUGUAUCAAACUCAAAUAAACUGGCUGAGAAGGUACGACUGAGCCUGAAAUAUGAGGAAGCAAAAAGAAGGAUUGCAAAUAUUGAGGUCCAGAUUGCCAAGCUGGAUAGCGAGGCGUGGCCAGGCCUUCUGGACCCGGAGAGAGAUCGCCUGAUCCUCAUCAAUGAGAAGGAAGAACUGCUAAAGGAGCUGCAGUAUGUAACGCCGUGCAAGCGCGCACCCAGCGAGGCAGAGAAGAUCGAGUCUGAAAAGAAGCGACUCGAGAAGGACCUGCAAGCUGCACGGGACAACCAGAGCAAAGCACUGACCGAGAGGUUAAAGCUGCAUUAUAGAAGAAACAAACUAGUGAAGGAGCUGGAAGAGACAGUGAGGUUGGCGUCUUCCCUGCACACCCAGCUGAAAAGUCUGUCAGCCAGCACGCUAUCAUGUUCCUCAGGCAGCAGCCGUGGAUCGUUGACUUCCAGCCGAGGAUCCCUGGCCACCUCCAGCUUGGGCUCCACUUCCUCUCUCAGCUUCACAGACAUCUACCUGGAGCAGCCUGAACUGGGCGACCCUGACUUCCAGAACAAACUAGACUCUAUAUUGCAGGAGGGAAGCACCUCUGGCUACAGGCCCUCCAGCUCCAUCACCACCAUCCAUGAGAACGAGGUCUCGUCCUCCUCCAGGCAAGUUGGCAGUGGGCCGGGGGUGGGCCAGAGAACCCAAGUACUGCGGCUGUCAGAGACACCUCACUCCAUGAGCUCACUGUCCCCACGUUCCUCGCUUUCUUCCCUCUCUCCUCCUUGCUCACCCCUUGUUACUGAUGCUUCCUUCCUGUCGGGAGAGGCCUUCUCCGGUCCAGCCUCACAGUUGGAUUUAGAUCUACAAACCAGACUAAUGGAACUACGGUUAGAAGAGGACCACCAACAGGGUGCAGUAGAGUCUUUGAAAGAUGCUGUUACGCAAAUGAGGAUGUCUGGGCCAGGAUCGAAGAAGGCAGGAGUAACGUCAGCAGAGUCUGACGAAUCAGUAGCAGGCGAUAGCGGGGUAUAUGAGCCCUCAGAGAAGAGGUCGGGGCUUCCUGUUGAGCAACAGCUGGGUUAUGAUGACGGGAGCUCAGCAAGUAGUUCUCAGAUCAAACUCGGUCUGAAGUAUGAAGCGAAAGACAAGAAGUUCACAGUGUUCGUAAUGCAGCUCUCCAACUAUAGCGCACUCUCCCUGCCAGCCAACCAGAACAUAUAUGUCCGUGUGGUGGUACUGCCAUGCUCAGAGCCCGUUCGCUGCCUGUUCCGCACCCACGGGUCUCUGCCGCAGGAACCCUUAGAGUUUAAGGAAGCGUUUAGCCUCCAGAUGUCCUCCGCUGCUCUCAGACAGAAGACUCUACGCAUCGAUGUCUGUACCACCAGGAAGUCUGGUCGAGAGGACUGUCUAGCUGGUGCUCAGAUCAGUUUGGCUGAUGAAGAGUAUUCAGAGGAGUUGUGCACCAAGUGGUACAACCUCCUCAAUUGCACAUACAUGCCAGUGGAUGGAAAUCACAAGGAAACAGAGGUCUCUGUUCAGCAGCAGCUGACUCUAGCUCCCAGCACCUCAGAGAGCACUGUUGCACGCCUGGAGAAUGCUCCUCUGGAGGAAUGCACCGCAGAGGCUUUGGAUGGUGACGUGUUUGUGGAUGAAGAAGGUAGUGAUGGUGAGGAGGAUGAGGAGUUCUACCCUGACGACUGCCAGUGGGAACAGGCGGAAGAGCCAGUUAAACCUGGACCAACAGCUGUCAUAACGGAAAAGGUGAAUAAAGAGACAAGUGUGGAUGGUCUCCCUCAUUCUGCUUCUGUAGUUCGGCCCAAGGAGCGGCGACAUGAUGUCCAUCAGCGAAACCCUUUUAUGCGAGGAAACACCAUCAUCCGGUCCAAGACAUUUUCCCCUGGACCUCAGAGCCAGUAUAUCUGCAGGAUCAACCGCAGCGACAGUGACAGCUCCACCCUGUCUAAGAAAUCUCCCUUCGUCCGGAACGCCUCAGAGAGACGCAGUGUUCGAAUGAAGAAGCCGCAGAUGCAGGUCAAAGGUCUGGAUGGGCUCCUGCGCACCUCUCUGGAUCUGGAGCUGGACUUGCAGGUCACUCGCACACGGCACAGCCGACUGCACGAGGAACUGCGUGUGCUGCGGGAGCUAAAGGAGCAGUUAGAGAGCGCCCGGCAACAGGGCCAGCAUGUCCUUCCCAAAUGGGUACAGGAGGACGAGCGCUUCCGUCUGCUGCUCAAACAUACAGAGAGACAGACCCAGGAAGAGCAGCUACAGGAACAGAGGGUAGAGAAGAUGAUGCAAGCAGCAGCUAAGGAUGUGCACAAGAUUCGUGGACAGAGCCUUAAGGAGGUUCCUGGGGUCCAGUCCUUUAGAGAGAAGAUGGCCUUCUUCACCAGGGCAAAGAUAAACAUUCCUGACCUACCAGCUGACGACGUGUAGCAGAUAUCCAUCUCAACUGCUGUUUCCAUGGAGACAAAACUGACAUCUGGCUGUAUUAUGAAGAAUGGUGUGACGGGAAAAUAUAUGUUGGGCAGGAAAAAUGUCAUUUUAAAACACUGGGUUUCUCAACUGAAAUUGUAUAGAUCCGUGUUUUUUGUUUGUUUGUUUUUUUUAGAUAGAUUUAUUUUUUAAUUUCACCAUGUUCUGUUAAUAAUAAGAGUAUGUCGGUAUCUGUACUAGGUAUUUUACUGGUCACCAGUUCGUCUUUGAAACGAGUGUGAAACAUGCUGCUCUGCUAAUAGGGCAGGACUGCUUACUGUAACUCUUGUGAAUACAAAUACUUACGGUACUACUUUUCAUAGCACAAGGGUUCAGGACAAAAUGAGCGGGUGUAAAUCCUGCUAUUCCAGUCACGUCCCUCUAAAACAAGCACAUCUGUCCACAUUUAUGUUCAACAGUUGUUGUUGUUUUUUUGCAAAUAUGUAAACGGUUACAGAUGUUAGCAAGCAUGAAUCUAAAGCAUGAGUUAAUUAGACCGGUUAGUAGACUAAAUUGAUUGCUAACAGUUCUCCAUGUUCGUUUUGUUAAUUGCAUAUGCAAACAAGACAUGUUAGUGCAAAUGAUCGUAAAAUAAUGUAGAAACUGCACUUAGUUCCACAGACUCUCAGGUAGAAUAUCAGAUAGUUCAAGCACUUUAAUAGAAAAGACAUCAAUAUAGAGAAUAAAGCAAAAAAAAGCACAUUGUGAACGCUAAGAUCGUACUGUCCCAUAUACUAGCUUUUGUUGCGUCUUUGGAAAACUUUAAGCGUCUUUUUAGGAUUUAACUUCCCAUUCUAGUUCCUACAGUGGCAUAAUAGUGUUUCAUUUCUACUGGUUUGGAUCUCUUCUAAUCUAAAAACACCCCUCACAACCGUCUACAGGUUAGCUCCAGACUACAAACUCCGCUUUGUGUGUAAUAAUAACGUACUGUAAUAGUAGCAUAAUUUCCUUUACGUCAAAGCCAAUAUCUUAACAUUUCUCAAGCUUAUUGUAAUUGCUACCUACCAGUACUAGAGGAGUCUUUGGUGUGUUGAAUCUCAAAAAACGUAACAUAUUUCACCCCAUAAACAGCAUAAAAAUAGGAAAUUAUAUUUUGCAUAGGAUUUGCAUAAAAUGAUUUGUAAUGUAAGAUUAUUUAUGAUGACAAUUAAGCACAUUUUCCCUAAAUUCGUAAUACUAUAACGUGAAGGAAAAACUCAUUGCUUUUAGGCAGUGUCAAAUGCAUUACUGUAAUGAGAAUAAUUUUUUCUCUAAUUACUGUGACUAUUUUUUGUAAUUAAGAAAAGAGCUAAAUUAAAUACCAUCAUAAUACUAUCAUAAUGUAUAGCAAAUUUGAUCUUUGUUUUUUACAGUAAUCAGAAAAAUGCCUUUCAGUAGACUAGUACCUGAAAAUAAUUAAAUCAAAAUCCAAAAUCCUUAAUGGCCAUAAAAAUAAUUUUAGAAUUUUUGAAUUUGGAGAAAAAUAAGACCUGGACAGUUUUUGUGAGUUUGACCCAUUUAUGAAGAGCAGUGUUGAAAUUUGGAAACGUAUAAUUGUUGCGGCAAGAAAACCUCAACACAUCCAAGGCACUGAAAGCUGUGAAGGCACGCAGUUGAUAAUUCCCAGCUCUCCCUGUAAACACUUAAUAAUGUAUCGCACGCCACUGCAGAGAUCUGUUUGUGCAACAUUUGGAGACUCCUCAGACGGAGGGAGUCACUGGUGAUUUGCAUUAUGUAAAUGAGCACUCCCUCUAUGCUAAUCUAAUAUUGAUUUUCACUAAACUCUUCAUCUACAUACAAAAAAAAUUGGAUUUAACUGAACACUUUGCAAGUACCUUGAUAAUAGAUGACUAUGAAUGUUACUACCAUGUCAUUAAAACCCCUUUUGAACAAUAGCUUUGCAUCACAGACCAAGAUGUUAGUUUGAAUGUAGCACUUUAAAAAA